UGUGUGGCUGGUUACCAUGGCGACCCCACCAUCGGAUGCCGACCAGAGUGUGUCUCCAACGCCGAGUGCGCCCCGGCCCUGGCAUGCAUCAACCAGAAAUGCAAGGACCCAUGUGUUGGUCUAUGUGGUGUUAGCGCGCGUUGUCGCGUUCUCAACCACAACCCCAGGUGCAACUGUCUGCCAGGAUAUGAGGGCGAUCCUUACAGACGCUGCGUGGUUACCAGACCCGAACAACCUCGCCCUGGAAACCCGUGCCAGCCGAGCCCGUGCGGCCCGAACGCGGAGUGCCGGGAGCUGAACGGCGGAGCCGCCUGCUCCUGUCUGGAGGGAUACAAGGGUGCUCCACCAGCCUGUCGACCAGAAUGUGUUCUGAACACGGACUGUGCCGAGCACCUGGCUUGCAUCGGACAGAAGUGUGUGGAUCCAUGCAGGGACGAAUGUGGUCAAGGUGCUAAAUGCACCGUGGUCAACCACAACCCUGUUUGCCGCUGCGAGGCAGGCCUCGUGGGCGAUCCAUACAGUUUCUGCAGAGCAGUGCCAACAACCACUCCAAGACCUGAACAACCACAAAACCCGUGCUACCCUGGCAAGUGCGGCCCGAACGCCCAGUGCCGUGUGCACAAUGACAUCGGCGUGUGCAGCUGUCUACCAGAGUACUUCGGCAACCCGUAUGAGGGAUGCAAGCCGGAGUGCUUGGUAGAUUCCGAGUGUGAUCGUUCCAAGGCCUGUGAGCGCAACAAGUGCGUGGACCCGUGCCCUGGCGUCUGCGGAUUCCGGGCCGAGUGUCGGGUGCAAAACCACAUGGCGAUAUGCUUCUGCCUGGAAGGAUAUAGGGGCGAUCCAUUCACUGCCUGCACACCGAUACCAGUCACACCACAACCAUCUGCCCCGGUUGAGACAGAUCCGUGCAAUCCAACGCCAUGCAGAGCAAACGCUGACUGCAUUGAGAAGAACGGUGUUGCCACGUGCAAAUGUCGCCCAGGAUGCCCCAAGGGAGACCCUUUCAGUGGUUGCCGACCCGAGUGCAUCACCAGUGCCGACUGCGCGCAAACGAAAGCUUGCGGCACUCAGCAAAAAUGCAUUGAUCCAUGCCCAGGUCUUUGCGGCUCGAACGCCCUGUGUCAAACCAUCAACCACCAGCCGAUCUGCCGCUGCAACAGCGGCUACACGGGAGAUCCUUAUCGUGUGUGCACCAAAGAAAUUCAAACGACCCCGAGACCGCCGACUGCUGAGGUUGAUCCGUGCUACCCAUCACCAUGUGGUGCCAACGCGGAUUGCACGAACAGAGAUGGUCUUGGCGUAUGCAAGUGUCGACCAGAGUUCUUCGGCAAUCCAUACGAAGGAUGCAGACCGGAAUGUGUUCUGGACACCGACUGUCAACUGGACAAGAACUGUGAAGCAAACAAGUGCAUCGAUCCUUGUCCUGGACGCUGUGGAUCCGGCGCCGAGUGUCUCGUCGCUAACCACGUCAUCAUCUGUCUGUGUCCGGCCGGCUACACGGGAGAUCCGUUCUCAUACUGUAGAUCGAUCCCUGACGAUCCUCCACGCCCAGAGCCGCCAUCGAACCCGUGCUUCCCGAAUCCGUGCGGACCGAACGCCCAGUGCCGUGAGGCGAACGGCGUGGCAGUCUGCGUCUGUCUGCCCGAGUACCGUGGUGAUCCCACGACGGGCUGCAGACCUGAAUGUGUAUCGCCGGCCGAAUGCUCAUCGGAUAAGACAUGCGUCAACCGUAAAUGUGUUGACCCGUGCCCCGGGGUGUGUGGACAGAACGCACAAUGCCGUGCUAUAAACCACAACCCGGUGUGCGACUGUCUGCCAGGCUUUGUCGGUGACCCGUACCGCCGUUGCACGCUGGAGGUGGUCACUCAGCCAGUCAAGGAUGACCCGUGCUCACCGAACCCAUGCGGACCGAACUCUAUCUGCCGUGUGAUCGGCGACAAGGCAGCCUGCAGCUGCGAACAGGGCUACAAGGGAUCGCCUCCAAACUGUCGCCCUGAGUGCGUCACCAACCCAGAAUGUUCGGCCGAUAAGGCGUGCUACGGACAAAAGUGCGUGGAUCCCUGUCCGGGCCAGUGCGGAACGAAUGCCAACUGUCUCGUGCAGAACCACAACCCAGUCUGCAACUGCCAGGCGGGAUACACUGGAGACCCAUAUCGGUUCUGCUAGCCCAUUCCGCAAACCACUCCGAGACCCCAGGCACCACAAAACCCGUGCUACCCUGGCAAGUGCGGCCCGAACGCCCAGUGCCGUGUGCACAAUGACAUCGGCGUGUGCAGCUGUCUACCAGAGUACUUCGGCAACCCAUAUGAGGGAUGCAAGCCGGAAUGUGUGGUCAACAGUGACUGCGUCAAGUCCAAGGGCUGUGAAAGGAACAAGUGC